UUCCAGCUACUUCCUCGACUACCUUUUCAUUCCACCAACUUGUCAUCUGUUUCACCUGUGGUUAUAAACAACUGUCUGCGACGAAACUAGACAGUCGAGCGACAGAGGCUGCACCUUGUCAACCUUUCAUUCUUCGACCGAACACCAGUAAAAGAUCUGCUUUCAAGAAAUCUUUCAAAAUGUCUAGUGGAAAUCUUUCUUCGAAGAUAAACUUAGUCCACAUGGUUCUGGCGCUGGCGGUGUUGCUCCAGCCAUCUGAAAACGGUGCACGAGCUCAGAUAUCUUCACCAACAGUUGCAUCACAGCUGAUUGAGCACUACGGUCAGGGGAUCGCUCAGUACAUCAUCAUCAACUUCAACUUUUUCCUCGGAAAUCCCUCGGCACUCGAAACCUAUCUACUGCGUCUGCGACAACAAGGGAGAUUAUCUAAGUUGUGUAUGUUUAUACCACAAAAUACAAAGUGCCUGAAUCCAAGAUUCGGUGUGUUCACACAAACACAGCUGAUUGUAAAUUACCUGAAGGCUGAGUGCUGCACACCAGUUAUAAUGACUCUCCCGCCUACUACAUCAGCGCCGAGAACGACACCAAUGCCAAUACCAACUACACCAAGCCCGACAGACAGCUACUCGUGUGGCAGGGUAUCGCAAUCCAUUCCCAGGAUUCUUCCGGGAGUCAAGGCGGUGGCUGGACAGUUCCCUUGGGCCUGCAUGUUGCUAGGAGACGGCGAGCAGCAGUGUGGUUGUGUCAUCAUUGAUAGGACCCAUGUGCUUACAGCUGGCCACUGUUUGAAUGGGAAGGUUGAGAACAACUUCCUCACUGACCGUGGCUUGGAGGUGAUCGCUGGCAAGCUGUUCACGGACCUGACGCUGGUGGAACGCACAGAACAAAGGGUUCGCGUGGUGGGCGGCAAGCGCCACGAGAAUUACGACCCGAAUCUUCUGAUCAACGACAUCGCGGUCCUGCUGCUAGAGAGGCCGCUGACCUUUACCUCCUUCGUGACUCCGGCGUGUCUACCUCCUUCAGUCACUGCCCUGCCGUCGCCCUGCUUCCUGGCCGGAUACGGCACCCUUGCCUUCACGGGCCCAGUAGCUGAGCAACUGAUGUUUGAUGUGAUCCAAACAUACACAGCUGACGCGUGUCUCCAGACAUUCCAGGCCACAACCCCCUACGAUAUUAGUAUUUACCUGACCCCGGGGGUCAUCUGCGCAGCUAACGGUACCGCAGGAGGCAAGGAUGCAUGUCGAGGUGACUCUGGCAGUCCACUAACGUGCACGCUCAACACUCCACAAGAGACCCACUACUUGUAUGGCAUUGUGUCCAGUGGAUUUGGCUGCGGCCAGCCUGGUCAACCUGGCUUCUAUACUUACAUAGUUAGGUUCGUCGACUGGAUCUAUGCUGCAGUCAGUCAACUCCGCUAGAAGAGCCACUCACCAAGGCGAUCCGUCAAGAACACUCCUUUAUGGCGAUAUUAGAACAGCUAACUAGCAUACUUUUGUCUAUAUUUCGCUACAUCAUUUGACAGUCUCAAGUGAUACGCUUGUAUAAAAUGCCCAGAGUCGUAUUAGAGCAUGUUGCAGUCAAGAGUCAAAGAGGAUAGGGACAGAAGACACACAGAUACCCAUGUAAUGCCACUAGAAAACUUCUCUUAGGUCACCAGAAGUGAAUGACAACAGGAGUUUCAUCGCCUUCCUCAUUCAACUGAAAUUAAGAAAGAUUAGGUCUUACAUACUGAAUUGCAUAGCUUCUUCAAGUAAUGUACAUUGUUUGAGACUGCUUGCAUCUUAAGCUCUGGGUAUACCUAUUUCGUAUAUUUUCGUGUUACGAAACGAUAUUUUUGCUACUGAAAUUAGGUGGUUCCCCAAGAACAGACAACUCGGCUUGUUCAGGUAGGCUCCAAGUGAGCGUCGCUGGUGGGCAGCUCUGUACCAUAACAGUGGUUUUUCUUUUUUGGUGUGAGUUUUAAAGCAUUAAAUAUCAUCUGAUAUAUAA